AUGGCAGGGGUGGCAGGAUGGCAGGGAUGGCAGGAUGGCAGGGAUGGCAGGUACCCCAGCGAUACCAGCGAUACCAGCGAUGCCAGGGAUGCCAGGGAUGCCAGGUACCCAGCGAUGCCAGCGAUACCAGGGAUGCCAGGUACCCAGCGAUGCCAGCGAUACCAGGGAUGCCAGGGAUGCCAGGGAUACCAGCGAUGCCAGCGAUACCAGGGAUGCCAGGAACCCAGCGAUGCCAGCGAUACCAGGGAUGCCAGGUACCCCAGAUGCCAGGAUGCCAGCGAUGCCAGAGGGGUAUGGGGGUACUUUGAUAUGGGGUACUUUGAUAUGGGGUACUUUGAUAUGGGGUACUUUGAUAUGGGGUACUUUGAUAUGGGGUACUUUGAUAUGAGGUACUUUGACCUGGUACCUCACUCAACCCCUACGUAG